AUGGAGAACCAUCAGGUGCUCCUCGAGUCCUUCAAUCGGACACAGAACAUGGAGUUGAACACAGGCGUAAGUGUAUUCCCACAGCAGAAUAUCACCCAGCCCGAAAUUAUCCAGGGGACAGAGCCCGAUCUCACAGUGCUGGCCCUCACGGAGUUCCGUAUCCAGCAGCUGGAAAACAGGCAAUUUCUCCUUCAGGAGAUGCUUCACAUCACAGAAAAGUCGAAGGACAACAAUAACAGGCCAACAGAGGAAAGUAAGUCAAUCAUCCAGUUUUAUGAUAUGAAUAAUAGUAAUGACAAGUUCUUAAAAAAAAAAAAAAAACAGAAAAGAUUUCUGCUGUGAGUCUUCCAAAGACCUGUUUUUACAAACCUUUAUUUGGUUAUUUCAUGUUUAAUUAAUUCAUCUAUUAUAAGGCAAAUAACAGAUAAAAAUUGGAAAAUAUGAGAAAAGUGGACCAUCUUAUUGGGCACAGUUGAACUUCUUCCCUGUUGUGUAUUCAUUGUCACUUAGGUGUGUCUUCUUCAUGACUUUUCUCACCUUAUUUGAACCAACCUAACCGCUAAUCUAGAUUUGUGAUCACAAACUAGUUAUCUAACAGAAAAAAAAAACACAAAAACAAACAAAAAAAAACAAUACUUACAAGGUACGGCAGUCAAUCAAAAAAAAAAAAAAAAUUCAAAGAAAGGCUGAAAAAAAAAAAAACCUUUACAUAUUGCAUGAUCAGCCAAUGGAGUGUAAAGAGAAGUUUGUUUAAGUCAUCAAGCCAGCGCACUUACAUCUACAAAGUGAGCGAAUCUGGUUCAAGAAUAUCUCAUUGUAGCUAUUUGUUAAAAUAAAUGAAUCCUUAUUCUUUUUAUUUAGUUUUCAGCCUUUUAAUGACAUUUUAAUGACAAGAUUUCAGAUCCAUAAGGAGAUGGUUUUUAUCUUUUGGAAGAAGUUAUUUUAUUUUGCAUACAGUAUAAUUUAGUUGCAUAGUUAAUGCAUUCACAAGAUACUGAUCCAAUGGGAAUUUAAUAUUAAUAUUAACAAAUAAAGCAGUUGUUUUGAUUUUUCUCUCCACUACAUUUCACCAUUUUGCGUCAUUUGUCCCUUUUCUUCAGGAACCCCAACCCUCUGCUAACAUAGCUGACAUUAAAUUAUGUAUUUUCCUCAGUGAGGUGCUUUUAAUCCAUUAAUCCAAUAAUAUGUACUUUUAAUUUCCUUAAGGGAAACUCCCAAAAUGAUAAAUCAAGUUGUAUCUGAUCUAAUCUAAUCUAAUCUAAUCUAAUCUAAUCUCAUCUCAUCUCAUCUAACCUAAUCUCAUCUCAUCUCAUCUCAUCUCAUCUAAUCUAAUGUUUGAGAAAACCUUAAAUUUUAAUAUUGAACAAUUCACUGUUAGUUAGUAAACAGUGAUAAAACAACCUAUCAUGAGAAACACAGUAAACAUCUGGUUAAAAAGUUAGAAGAGUGUGACAUGUGUUUCAGAGUUGACUGCAGUAACAGGUACAAUAGAUCUACAAAUGUGUUUCACCCUCUCCUCAUGUGCUGGUGUGAACAGUGACCUCUGAGGACUGUGACAAACUAUGUGAGCUGGAGAUCAUCCAGAAGGAGCUGGAAGAGCUGGAAAUGAAGAAAAAGGAGCUGCAAAAACAAGAAACAGGCUCCGAACUCGGUUUUAACUCUGAAGGUAUAGCCGAUCCUCUUUCGCGACAACAAAGCUCCCGUUUUGAAAAGUGGACCAUCUUAUUGGGCACAGUUGAACUUCUUCCAUGUUGUGUAUUCAUUGUCACUUAGGUGUGUCUUCUUCAUGACUUUUCUCACCUUAUUUGAACCAACCUAACCGCUAAUCUAGAUUUGUGAUCACAAACUAGUUAUCUAACAGAAAAAAAAAACACAAAAACAAACAAAAAAAACCAAUACUUACAAGGUACGGCAGUCAAACCAAAAAAAAAAAAAAAAUUCAAAGAAAGGCUGAAAAAAAAACCUUUACUUAUUACAUGAUGAGCCAAUGGAGUGUAAAAAGAAGUUUGUUUAAGUCAUUAAGCCAGCGCACUUACAUCUACAAAGUGAGCGAAUCUGGUUCAAGAAUAUCUCAUUUUAGCUAUUUGUUCAAAUAAAUGAAUCCUUAUUCUUUUUACUUAGUUUUCAGCCUUUUAAUGACAUUUUAAUGACAAGAUUUCAGAUCUAUAAGGAGAUGGUUUUUAUCUUUUGGAAGAAAUUAUUUUAUUUUGCAUAAAGUAUAAUUUAGUUGCAUAGUUAAUGCAUUCACAAGAUAUUGAUCCAAUGGGAAUUAAAUAUUAACUUGUGCAAAUAAAGCAGUUGUAUUGAUUUUUCAUGUCACCAUUUUGCGUCAUUUGUCCCUUUUCUUCAGGAACCCCAACCCUCUGCUAACAUAGCUGACAUUAAAUUAUGUAUUUUCCUCAGUGAGGUGCUUUUAAUCCAUUAAUCCAAUAAUAUGUACUUUUAAUUUCCUUAAGGGAAACUCCCAAAAUGAUAAAUCAAGUUGUAUCUGAUCUAAUCUAAUCUAAUCUAAUCUAAUCUAAUCUAAUCUAAUCUAAUCUAACCUAACCUCAUCUCAUCUCAUCUCAUCUAACCUAAUCUCAUCUCAUCUCAUCUCAUCACAUCUCAUCUAAUCUAAUCCAAUGUUUGAGAAAACCUUAAAUUUUAAUAUUGAACAAUUCACUGUUAGUUAGUAAACAGUGAUAAAACAACCUAUCAUGAGAAACACAGUAAACAUCUGGUUAAAAAGUUAGAAGAGUGUGACAUGUGUUUCAGAGUUGACUGCAGUAACAGGUACAAUAGAUCUACGAAUGUGUUUCAACCUCUCCUCAUGUGCUGGUGUGAACAGUGACCUCUGAGGACUGUGACAAACUGUGUGAGCUGGAGAUCAUCCAGAAGGAGCUGGAAGAGCUGGGAAUGAAGAAAGAGGAGCUGCAAAAACAAGAAACAGGCUCCGAACUCGGUUUUAACUCUGAAGGUAUAGCCGAUCCUCUUUCGUGACAACAAAGCUCCCUUUUUGAAACAUGAGGAUGCAAAUUAUGCCUCUGAACCGUCAGUAUUAAUCUAUUUUUGCAAUUCUCCAAAGCAUUUGAGAUGGACACACUCCCGUCUCUCCAAGAGAUGAAUGAGGAUGUGAAAGAAAGUCAAGAGGGGAAGGUUGAACCUACAUCAGAGGACACAAGAGGUCCAGUUAUUCCAGGUAAAUCAACUUACUGAAUGUUAAAGCAACUCCUCCCAGAGAUGUGUCUGUUAUAACAAAAAGUCUCUGUAAUACUUUCAUUGACCUUUUCUUUUCUCUCUUUUUUGGGGGGCAAGUGGACCGGCUGGGUCAUAUACCAGAUGUUACCAAGUGUCCAUCCUGUCAUGAGGUGGUCUUCACAGAAACCUGUAUUAAAGUGGGAGAGGCUACAUGGAUAGCUUCCUGCUUGUGCUCCAUGGUCGGGUAUGUCUUUAGAUUUAGUUUGAAAAUUAAACUAAACAGUCAUAAAUUCAACUACUUUCUUUGUGUACGGCACAUUUGAUGCUGCUGUAGGCUGUACUUUACUGGACAAAACAAAAUGCAGGUGAGCUUGCACACACACAUAAGUACAUAGUUACUUCACCUGUUCUUGUUUUGAUCCGUAUGGUAUCUCUCUGGGUGAUAGUAGGAGUGAGAGAAAAUAUCGAUUCAGCAUAGUAUUGCAAUAUUUUGUCUGGUGACAUAUCGUAUCGUCUCAUUUACCAAGUAUCGAUUUUUUAAAAUUAAUUGCUAAUAUGAGGUCAAAUCUAUGAUAAUGGAAAAAUAAAAUCAGCUGUUAGUUCAGUGAGGCUGGCAGAGGUGUGUUCAUAGAGCAGGAGAAAGUUAGUGCAACAAAUAUAUAUAAGGUUUGCAAGAUGUGCUACAUGAAAAUAAAUACAGUGUUAAUAAGACAAACAUAAAGGAGGGCCAAAUGCUAUACUAGCUAAACAGUUGAAAAAAAAAAUGUAUAAAUCGUAAUAAUGUUCUAUCGCAAUACUAACUGUAUUGCAAAAUGUUAAAAAUUGCAAUAAUAUUGUAUUGUGGCCAAAGUAUCGUAAUAAUAUCGUAUCGUGAUAGUAUCGUAUUGUGAUGAUAUUGUAUUGUGAUAAUAUUGUAUCGUGAUAGUAUCGUAUUGUGAUGAUAUUGUAUUGUGAUAAUAUUGUAUCGUGAUAGUAUCGUAUUGUGAUGAUAUAGUAUCGUGAUAAUAUCGUAUUGGGAUAAUGUUGUACUGUGAUAAUAUCGUAUCGUGAUAAUAUCGUAUUGUGAUGAUAUCGUAUCGUGAUAAUAUUGCAUCGUGAUAGUUUCGUAUUGUGAUGAUAUAGUAUCGUGAUAAUAUUGUAUUGUGAUAAUGUUGUACUGUGAUAAUAUCGCAUCGUGAUAUAUCGUAUUGUGAUGAUAUCGUAUCGUGAUAAUAUCGUAUUGUGAUGAUAUCGUAUCGCGAUAAUAUCGUAUCGUGGGGCCACUGGUCAUUCUCACCCCUAAUAGUUAGUAAGCUGGUCAGACAGAUAUUUUUUUGUCAUAUCUUACUCUUCUGUAAACUAGAAGCCAUAUUUGAAAUUCAAAUCUGAUUUUUCAACACUAGUUCUGUUCUCUCAGUCUCUGUUAGCCCUCUUGUUGCAGGUAAACUGCACUUCAUAGAGAUCCGGUGGACGUUGCUCUAG